CAGACUUUUAUUGUCCCUCAAGGGGAAGCUUGUUUUGCAGAAGUGGGAAAAAACAACAAACACAACGUACAGGAGAACAUGGGACAUCACAAAAGAAAAUGUGUCUGUUCUGUUAUAAAGAAUCAAUCCAAGAAUGUUUUAGGAUGCAAGAUAAAUCUAAAUGGUAUAAGAUCAGAAGACAAAAUCACAUUUUUGCCAUACAAAAAAACAUUGUCAGUAACUGGAUGAGUGGAGACAUUCAGGCCAGGUGGUGAAAGUGGGAUAAAAAGUUGGGACAGGAUGCCGUUUAGAACAGUUCUGAAGAAUGAGAAAUGUUAAGUUCUGAUUGCUUUCCUAAAUUUCCCAAUAUUAAAGGAUAAGUUCAACAAAAAAAAAAGAAAAAGAAAACGUAGCCAUCAUCUACUCACCCUAACGCUGAUGGAAAGUCCGGGGAAGUUUUGUAGCCUACAAAACAUUUGUGGAGCUUCACAGCUAAACUAGGCUGCUACUUUCUCCUAAACAACUGAAGUAGAUGGGGGGGGAAACAAACGGCCAAGUCCCUGGAAGUCCCAAGAUCCCCAAUUGAAUUCAAAGACAGCAUUUACACCCUGGACAUGCAGUCAACUACUUUUAGAGAGGUGCGCACUGACACUUUAAGCUCAGCAGCUACAAGCGGGUCCAGAGACUUGGAUUACAGCAGGCGAGCUGGAAGGAGACAUUUUAUAUUUUUUUAUGUCAGUUGGUCACAAGAAUGCUGAAACACUGCUAUGUCACAGAGAUGUUUCGUGGGCUCCAAAAAUUCACCUGACUCUCAAAAUCAACUGAAUGUUUUAUCAAUAUAGCCCGUAAUCACACUCACAGUGUCUCUGUGGGUUUUGCUAUUGGUACAGUGAAACUGUAACAACCUCUGUCCUUUCCAUCAGCUUGAGGGUCAUUUUUGGGUGAACUGAGCCUUUAAUCAAUAAAUCAAUAAAAAGCCUGAACAACCAGGCCUCUCAUGUGCUCAGCGAUCUGAAGGAACCUCUCAGGUUUUCUGGCUCAGACACACAGACGAGAACCACGCAGCGCCUUUUUGUACAUUUUCAUUUGGACAUUUUUAUGUUCAUGGGAUCGACAUGUGAAACUCAAACUGGACCAAAACUGGGAUCGUUUUAAAAUGCAGUUGAAAAGUUGUAUUACUUUGAAAAGGCUGUUACUUUUAUGAUGAUUUUAUCAUAGCAUUUUUUUUGUGCUACUUUCUUCUUAAAUUGUAUGCACUUCAAUCUAGUGCCACUGUAAUCUAGAUUAGGCAAUACAUGCUGUGGUGAGUGGCACUGGUUCACUUAUCUCUAUAAAAAUAAACAUAUAACAAUAAAAAACAAAGAUGGAAAAAAAUCUUUGGUUGAGCUGUUCACAACCAGUAGACACAGGAGAUAGCAGACAUCCUUUAUUUUGAAGGGUCAGAAGUCAAAAGGUCGGGAGCCACUGUCUUAACAGAUCACAUCGUCUGUGUCUGUUUGUUUUUGCAGCAUUUGUAAAGCUUUAGUAAAUCGUUUAAGAUGAUAACAAAGCCAACAAUGUCACUCCAUUCUGUGUUACUCCCUCAUGGGAAGCCUCUUUUCAUAACCCACUCCUCUCUCUGGCUCCCUUACACACCUUAUUUUGGUAAUGAGUAACCCCUGUGUGCUUGUCCUCAGCCUUUCCUCAAAAGCACCGCAUGUAAACAACGGUGGGGGAAAUGAGUCACUGAUGGAAGAAACAAUGGUGCCGUGGCGAGACGGCGUGGACGGGGAGAGGCAGAGGGACGUGGACACCAGAGAGCCAGAUGUUGUAGAGGGGAGGACAGCAGCUGCAGAGAUCAACACUCACCGCAGGGGGUCAGCAGAGAAACAAGAGAAACGCCGGUUCAGUACGUUUGGCUAUCAGAGACGGACGAAGCAAAAGGUUGUGACUGAUUUUGCAACAGUGAGUAAGGGAACGUCUGCAGGGGCCAAACCCAGAGCUGCUCUGAGACAGGUCCUGUUCAGCCAGGGAGUGUCUGAGAAAAAUCCAGCGUCUGAGGAACGUGGUCAGCUGGAUGUGUUGAAGCAGGAUCUGGGGAGUUAUGCUGUGCCAGUCAGUCUGAGGUGGAGGUGGAAGGAGGAAUGUCUGGGAACGACGCUGGAGAAGAACUGGACGGAGAUAGUGGACUCUCAUUCUACGAUGACAAAGACGCAGAGGCACCAGCAGGAGGCGCUGUGGGAGUUUGUCCACACCGAGCUCAGCUACAUCAACAAGCUCAUUAUCAUAAAAGACUUGGUUAUGGCUGCUCUCGUCAACCUGCACCAACAUGGAUUUCUCCUAGAGGUGACCCCUGAGCUGCUUUUCUCCAACCUUCCCUCCAUCCUCGCUGCACACCAGCUGUUCUGGCAGGAGGUGAUUUAUCCCAUGUUGCACGAGGUCCGGAGGACAGGCAUGCCCUUUGACCCCAUGAUGUUGGAGGCCGGCUGCCUGCAGUUCCAUCAGCGCUUCUCUUGCUACCAGCAUUACUGUUGGGAGGAGGAAAACAAUAUGGAGUUCACACGCAGACAGAUGGAGAACAACCAACAUUUUCUCACGUUCGUCCAGUGGGUGGAGACUCACCCUCAGUGUGACCGGAUGCGUGUCGGGGACAUGCAAGCCAAACCCCAUCAGAGGAUCACAAAGUACCCUCUGCUGCUCAAGGCUGUGCUGAAAAACACCCAGGACGCUCAUGUGGAACACACCAUCAGAGGCAUGUUGUCCAGUGUGAACAGCUUUCUGGAGAGCAUCAACGACUACCUGAGGCUGAAGGAUGAGGAGCUCGCUCUCAACAUCUCUGCUCUGAGGGUGGAGGGAUACGAGGUGGAGGGAAUCAACGAAGAGAUUGACAAGCAUGUGAGAGAGGUCUGCCAGUUUGACCUGACAUGCCCCAUCAGAGGAGUGGGCCCUGAAGUCGUACGGAAGCUGCUGCUGGAGGAGAACUUGAAGAUUCGGGGGAGAAAAGACAGUAAGCUGGAGGUGGUGGCGCUCCUCUUCUCAGACGUUCUCCUGAUGACCAAGGUCCAGAAGAAAGGAGAGCGACUGAAAGUGGUUCGACCUCCUCUGGCCCUCGACAGAACGUUUUGUAUAGCGCUGAAAGACGGCUGUUCAUUUGUUCUCGUGGAGGUGGGCGAGCUCCAGAGUGCCAUGAAUGUCUACAUAUUCGCAGCCAGCAGCUCAGAGAGCUGCUCCACUUGGGUCUCCACCAUCCACCAGGCACAGGAAACACUGAGGAGCUGGAGACACGCAGAGAACAAAAGACAACUGGAAAACUAUAGAAUCCAGCAGCUGGAGGCCAAACCUGUUACAGAGGCCAAGACAGACGAUAUGGAGACAGAAGAGCAACCUCUUACUCAGUCAGGGGACGAGACUUUUGUGGAUGAAUUUACAAAGGAAUUUAUAAUCCCCCAAUCAGUAAAUGGGAUGCUGGCAUCUUACAAAGCGGAGGAACCAAAUCCUCCAGAUGAUGCCACUAACACUGUCAUACCUUUUAUCAACUCCUAUUCCAAUGACAUCGAUCACAAAUUAGUGCAAAAGAGCUUUACUGGUCGGCAACAAGCAAUCAGUGGAUAUGAAUCCAUAGAAAUGGAAGUGAGAAGACAACAAAUUGGGAUCUAUACAGAGGAAGAAGCUGAAACUCUCAGGUUUACAGAGCGAUAUGUGACCUUGAGCCACAGGCAAUCUGCCCCUAACCUGGAUCAUUUCGCUCGUAGUACCGUAACUCAUCCAUUACGAUACAACACAACUGGACCACAUGUUUUCCUACUAGAUGGAUAUCCAGAUGUUGACUACCCAAUUGACGAAGAUAGUAGUUCACAACCUGCUAACCAGCCAACAAUAUCCAGGCAGGGGCCUGAGCUGGUAAGAGCACCAGAAGAGGGAGGAAUACCAUCAAGGAGAGGCUCGGAUUCCCAGUCUGUGAACCAGGACACAAGGAGAAAUUCCAUGAACAGCCUGUCUGCAGACAUGGUGACAUCUCAAGAGGCUUGGGGUUUCUCAAAAAAUUUGAGGUCCCCUAGGUUACGCAGGAGGAGGCCAGUCAGCACCAAUCAGGGACCCGGGACUCGGCACUUCUUUCAGAGCUCAGGACAGGGUUCCUCUCCCUCCAACUCUGGCUCAGACGACAACACAAAUAUCAAGAGAAACUCUCUUCCUUCUGGCCAAAGCUCAAAUUCACAUCGGGUGCUGAAGCUGGGCUCCCUGAAGCCGAACCAGGGGAUGUUUUGGAACAGGGAAGAUAGAGACUCUCCAGACCCCCAAACGAUGUCUGAGUCUGAGCUGCCCGAUCUGAACUUUUACAACAAAAGGCCCAAAAUGAAAACCCAAAGGAGUGCGUCCAAUCCUAACAUCAUCAUUGAAGGAGACCAUAGACUUCGUCUACAUGCUAAUAGUCUUCAAACAAUACCCCAAGCAAAGGACGCACGAUUCAACAUCUCGGGACAGAAUCCCAAUGGACACACAUCGCCGCUGGAGGGUCUUCUUGAAAGAGUCAAUGGGAGAGCGAGGGACAGGGACAAAAACUUGAAAACGACCAACUUGAGGUCAAGGUAUCAUUCUCCCUCCCCGUCAUUUUCCACCACGCCCUCACCACCGCCCAGUGAUGGAGACAGAGACACAGAGUGGGAAGAGGAAGUGGCACUGAUGCGACGCAGAGCUCUCACAGUGAGUGGAGGAUGGAAGGAGCAACUGGUGGAUGGAGAGGAAGAUGAAAAGAGGGACAGUGUUGUCUUUUCGGACGGUGUAAACGUGGACUGGUCCGGUUGGUGCUUUGAUGAUGACGAAGUCAUGGAUCAUUUAGAACCCGAAGGUGAGGGGCUUCUAGAGGGCAUCAACCGAUCUCUGGCCUCUUGGGACCUUCAAGGACAUUCAGAGCAAGAGGACGGAGAAUGUAGUCAGGUGUAGCUCUUAGCACUUUAAAGUCCUGUAGUCACUGUUUGGAUCCAGAACUAGGCUGCCAAUGGACCAAAUAAUGCAAACUCAAAAUUCAGUCCAUGAAUAUGAACUGUAAAGACAAAUUAAUUAGGGCAGAGGGACGGGUCAGGAAAAGCUGAAGCACACAGAGGGGGAAAUGGAAACAGAGUAAAUGAAACAUCUUCACAGCACUUGACACAAAGGUCUUCAAUCUGAAUCAAUAGGCCACAAUAAUCCUGUAAUUAAUGUAAAAUAAUGUAUAAUGAGUAUUUUUUCAUCUAAUGAUAUAGAAACAUGUGGUCAGUGUUAUGUGUAAAUAUAAUGAAAUGUUAUUUUUAUAGAUUAGAGUAUAUAUUAUUGAUACUUCGUUCCCCCAUAUGGCCAUCGAUGGAGAGACAGACAGUGUAAAUUUCUGUAUAUAUUAUUUAUAUCGGUCAUGAGAAAGAGAGCUUGUGAUUGUAGGUAAUGUAAUAAAAGAAACCAGAUCUA